UAUCGGGCGGCGGCGGAGUCAACAAAUGAAAAAUAUACCGCAGUGUGGGGGUGCAAAUUUAGUUGAUAACGAAAGAAAAAGAGAAAAAAUUCUCUAUUAACGGGCUUCAUAAAAUUUACGAAAUAUUUAGGUACUCAUUUAAAAAUAUAGAGUAUGAAUGAACUAAAAGCACCGUCUCUACAAUCGCUUUUGGAGUCGGAUCGUGGAUCUAGUGACAGUUUGCUUGCAGAGUCAUUACUAGAUGUGGAAGAUUUAGACGACGUAGAAUAUGCAAUUCCUCCUAGUGGUGCUUUGCCGACUUUAGAAUCUGCAUUAAGUGAAUUUGAAGCAGAUUCAGAUAUUGGUUCUGAAUUGGGCGUCCCUAUACCCGGUCCUACACCUACGCCCUCUAUAGCAGAAGAAGGCGGAGUCCGUAAUGGCGGAGCAGGAGGUGGUGGUUCUAUCAUGCGUUAUGCUAUGAUGCAAGGUGUUUCAGCACAGAUAGCUUCAGCUGCGGAUCGUGUCAAUGCCGGUAUGGCAACAGCUUGUGCUGUAUCAUCCUUAAUCGGCAUAGGAACUUCACAUGGGCAUAUACUAAACUUUGACAUUACACAGGCUUUACGUUGGGCUCAUCAAGACAAACAUGCGCAAGGAGCCGUUUCGGCGUUGGCUUAUAAUCCAGAUUGUUCACGUCUGCUGGCGGGCUAUGCUCGAGGACUUAUAGUUAUGAUAGAUACACAAUCCGGUGAUGUUUUGCGCAACGUUUUCGAUGCAAUCACACCAAACACUGGGGUACUGCUUUUAAAAUGGACUUCCAGACCUGCCUUAGCACUUUGCUCUGAUUCUGGCGGAUCAGUGUGGUCCCUGAGCUUCACGCGUAAGUUGGGUAUUCGUGGUUGCUCGUCGCGAUGUCUUUUCAGUGGCGCACGCGGUGAAGUUUGCGCCAUGGAACCGUUAAUGAUGGAUAACUCUCAUGAACUGGAUCAAUAUUGCAUUAUAGCCCUUGCCACUUUAUCGAAAUACUUUAUUGUAACAAUACGUCCACGACUGAAAGUAAUUAAGUACCAUUUACUACAAGGUCCACCUGAUUGUUUACCGUUACUAGCUUGGCAAAUGGUUUUAAUUCAGGCAGCAGAUACAACACGAUCAGUCGACCCUGUUCUUGUAUUAGGACGUGGCAAUCAAUUAUUUUUUCAUCAACUAUUUAUGUCGAAUGGACGCAUCACAUUACUUUAUCUACGCCAUGUACAAUUACAGGCAAACUUAUUAUCAGUACAUUGGUUAGGACCAAAGUGUGUUGCCUGCAUGGAUACGUCCGAAAUAUUACAUUUGAUAGAUGUGCGUUCCAGCAAAGAGCUCGAGUGUAUCGAUAUGGCCAAUGCUGGGUUAGUAUACGGCUCAGCUCAGUUCAAGGGUCUGGCGACCGGAGGUAAUGUAUCCCCCGCACUAGCUUUAGCCGGAACACACGCAUGUUACAAUUCACUAAUGUCACGCGGCACUCAAUUGUAUGUCUUAGGGGCACGCUCUUUGCACAUGAUCGCUGUGCGUACAUGGACGGAGCGUAUUAGCUAUUUGGUAAAAAAUCAGAGAUGGCAAGAGGCUUGUGAUUUGGCAUUAGAUGGCUAUCGUGCCACCACCGAGCGACCCAGACGUAAAGCACAAGCCAAAGAACGCAUUAUUAUGCUGUUUAAAGAGUACCUAGCAGCUUCAGCUCGUGCACCCGAUUACUGCUUGGGUGCCAUAGUAAAGUGCUUAAUCACAAUAGGCGAGCUAGACUUGUUGUGGACACAGCUGUGGGAUCGUCUACAAAAUAAGAGUCUCUAUCUUCAACAUAUCACUGAACACAUAGAAAACGAUAAUAUUCACCGUGUUAGCCCAACAAUAUCUCAGGCAUUAGUAGAGCACUGGCUGGAAAUUUCCCCAUCAAAAUUAGAAGAUAUAAUACUAAAACUUGACUGGACAUGCCUUGAUCUAAAUCAAGUACUAAAAGCAGCCAAACGAUACAAACUUUAUCGCGCACAAAUCUACCUCAAUACACAUGCGCUUGGUGACUACUCUAGCCCCCUAACAGAGCUAAUACCACUGGUGGCGCUUGAAAAUUCUAGUCUGGGCAAUUCACUACUUGUAUAUAUAUCUAGCUGCCUAGCGGGACGUGGUUAUCCCAGCGGUGAAAUUCCAGCCGAUAUGGCUCAAAACGUAAAACAUGAAGUUCUACGCUGUUUAACUUCACUACAUUCGAAUACUAGCGUGCCAAACGAGCUUCCGUAUCCUUAUUUGCGUGCUUUACUCAAAUUCGAUACUCGAGAAACGUUAAAUGUUAUUUCGUUAGCCUUUCAAGAAAAAGAAUUUAGCGGAGAGCUUGGUUUUUCUCAUCGGAAACGAAUUAUAAACAUUCUAUUGGAGAUAAUGACGCCGGAAAACAACACGUGGGCGGAAAUUGGCUGUCUUUUGAAUUUCAUUGCCCAACAAAUAUCACAACAAUGUCUGAAACCGGACACGCAGUUACUAGAAAAAGUCCUAAAUCAUCUAUCUAAAGAAAAGAUAACAAAUGAAACUGCUCGUCAGCACUCUGAACGUGAGAGUGCAUGGCAUGAACUGCUCAUUAACAAUUGUUUGGAUGAGAUAAGCAGUGAUGAGGAACAGCUGCGUCUGGCAAAGCGUGCUCACUGUUAUUAUGUGCAAGAAUAUCUGCUUGAGAAGUUACAACGCUAUGAUGCUAUUCUUGAAUGUUACUUAAAUAACAACCAGCGUCAUGAUACGAUGUUUUGCUAUAUGGAAAGGCAUGUAAGCCAACCGGAGCGUAAAAUAUAUGAGCAAAUUAAAACGAACCUUAAGCGUUUGUUGCAAAUAAAUGCGAAGGAGACGACGCGCAUUAUCGACUUCUAUUUUAGUGAAAAAAUAAAUAAACUUUUGGAAGUGGCGCAAGAAGAUGAAGAAACCUUAUUAACAUUUCUAGAUUAUUUACAUAGGAGAAGAGUUAUUUUGUCAACAGAACAGAGUGAACAACUCUUAGCACUUUUAUGUAAACAUAAAACCGAGGAAGUUGAUGCCUUCAUACAGCAAUCCGAUGGAUAUCGCAUAGAAGAAGCACUUAAUUUAGUUUUAUCACAUAAACUUAACAGAACUGCUAUAUAUCUAUAUGAAAAGAACAGUAACUAUCGUAGCGCAUUUGAAUUAUCCAUUGAGUUAUUAGCUAAAUUACGCAAUGACGAGGCUGCAGUUUUUGCACAAGAAAUUAGCAACUUGUGUGUACGUUCCACUGGUGUGCUGGCAAAUAAAGAUUUUGAACAAUUUUGGUUUACACUCCUACAGGAAAUACUGCCACGUGAUGACUUAAAAUCUAGUACGAAGCAAAUGCUGCAUUUAGCCUCUCAAUAUGUAGACUUACCAAAGCUUGUGCAACUCUUGAUGAAUACCCAUAACGUAUCGGGUAAUUUCGGCGAUAUAAAAGAUUUGCUAAUGAGUAUGCUCUCACAAUCUCGCCAAGAGACAAAUACUAUGGAAAAAGCGCUCGAGGUGAAAGGUCGUGAGCUAGCCAAUGCAUUUGCACGUAAACGAGCUGAAGUUAAACGUGGACUACUAGCUUCGACUAUGCGUUGUAUGAUUUGUCAACAACGUUUGUACAAUCAAAGCGAUAUACUUGUCUUGGGUGGCUGUGGUCAUGCUAUACACGACAAAUGUGCGGAGACAUAUAGAGAAACAUUGCAGACACGUAGAAAUAACGAAGAUAUUUUACAAAUGGAAUACAGAGAAAGUGAUGAAUUCAAGAUUAAUCUUUCUUGCCCGAAUUGCAACGUCGAAAUAACAAACAAUUUUUAUAGUAAUAUAAUUAAACUAUCCGAACCUAGCGCCGCAGUUAUUGAUCUAAAUGAAACUGUCUUGAAUACGGAAUCGAAAAUACAAGUAUUGCAAAUGGGUGUUUUGAGAUUGAAGGCUCCUCCACGAAAAUUUACUAAUUACUAAUCGCAUGAGAAAUAAAAUGUAAAAUAGCCAAGUGAAUGUCAACGCCGAAUAAAAUGUGUAGUGGUAGAGGUAUCCGGCGUUAGAUAAUUAAAGUUUGUUGUUCCUUUUUAACAAAAUGGCAUAAAAGAAUUAUGAUAGUUUCAGCAACUAAAAAUAUGCUUAUGUAAGACCACUGAAUAACUUACUAGAGAAGAUAUAAAAAAGAAAUUUUAUAGCAUUUUUUGUAACGAUUGUGUAUUGUAAUAUAAGAAAAAGUACAGCGUGAGCGCUUUAAAUCAGAUUUAUCUAUGCUCUUCAACAUUUUAUAAGAAGUUUUCAAAAUAUUUCGAUUGGUUUGCUAGUUUAUUUCUUAUUUUCAUUUAAAAUCACAAAAGAACUUGAGGAAAUUAGCAGAGCGAACCACCUACAUUUUUGCAAAAAAAAAAAAAAUUAAAAGCAUUUGUAAUAAUUCUUUAAUUAAAACAAUUAAGUGGCUUUGUUUGCUGCAAUUUUUCAUCUUACCUAAAACUUGCAUGUGAUUUUCAUUUCAAAAUAUCUAAAUUUGUUAUAGUUGUGCACUUGUAAAAUUAAAGCAAAAUUAUUGCUGACAAAACACCAUUAUGAGAGUUAUGUAGAUUUCAAUAUGUUUGUAUGUUUAAGCCAACAGUAUUCUUUGCUACUAUACUUGAUACUAAUAUCAUGUCAUUUGUUGUACUAUUUAAGCCAGAAAAUUACGAUUAAAUUUUUGUUUAAGCUUUAAUGUAAAUUAUUAUAACUUGUUUAUAUAUGUAUAUAAAAGAUAUACCCGUAACUAUUUGCUAAAAAGCUAAAUGCUUGUAAUGCAUUAGGAAAUAUACAUAUACACAUAUAAUAGAUAUACUAUAUAAUACCGUAACUUAACUAUCGAUUAAUUAAAUAGAAAACACAAACCGUUUAUAGUUAAAUAUAAUUAUUUAC